AGUAAGUCAAAAAGAAAAUCCCAUGUUUCUGUCACCACUCAUUAUACAAAUCUUACUCACCAAAUAAAGCCAAAACACAAGAAUUUCCCAUAACAUUCUCUCCUUCAAUUCUCUAAAUCACACACAUUAUUCAAACUCUCUUUUGGAACCCCUUCAACUCAUGGAUGCUGCUCAAUGGCCAAAGGAUGUUAUGAAUGAUAACCAAGUGCAAGAAAAGAAGGUAAAGCCACAACAUGAACAACCACUAAAGUGUCCAAGAUGCAAUUCAACCAACACCAAGUUUUGUUACUACAACAAUUAUAGCUUAACUCAACCAAGAUACUUUUGCAAGGCUUGUAAGAGGUAUUGGACUAAAGGUGGGUCGCUCCGAAGUGUUCCUGUGGGUGGCGGCUCAAGAAAGAACAAGCGGCCGAUAUCAUCUUCAACACCAUCCAUCUCAAAACCAAUUGAUCUCCCACAAUUCUCUUCUCAAAGUUUCACCACCCUUGAAGCUCAAGAUCUUAACUUAAGUUCUCAACAAGAAUACCAUCAUGGGGGGUUCUCUCAGUUUCUAAAGCUACCCAAGAUUGAGAAUAGAAAUGUCAACUUUUUAUCUUCUUCUUUGACUUCUGAAUCAAAUGCAAUGUUCAAUGAAACAAGGUUCAAUCUACAAGAUUUCAAGCCAACAAUGGGUUUCCCUUUUCAAGGGAAUGGAAUCAAGUAUGGAGGAGGCUUUCAGGGGAAUCAAGAAGAUAAUGAGGGAAUCAUGUUCCCUUUUGGAGUGUUGAAUCAACAACAUUCAUCAAGGGAGAAUGGCCAAAGCAUGGGAAAUGGGAAUUCAAAUGGAUAUUGGAAUGGAACUUUAGGUGGGGGGUCAUCAACAUUAUAUAACUAAGGCUUGAGUUAAGUUGUAUUGUAGUUUUGUGAUAUAAUCUCAUGUUGGAUUCCUUUAAAUGUUGUACUUAGGAUUAGAGGAUGAAUGAUCACAUAACUGGAGUUUCAGGGGUAUAAGCAAUCUUUUAAGACAGUCAAACUACUUAAUUUGUUUCUACAUCAUUGUUUGGGCCAUGUUAGUUUGUUCUUUAUGUUUUAUUUGUCAUUUCUGUUGGUUUUAUGUAAUUGAAUAUAUUAGCAAUUUGCUCCU